AUGCAACCAGUGGCUAUGCUGACCUCUCAACCUGCUUGGGAGCUGCACCUCAAGGGUUACAACUCCACACAAGUCACGUGCACACUCCAGACGGUCGGCGAACAGGGUGCUGUGGUGUACGUGGAAAGCCAGAGAUGGUUGACGCAGUUAGGCGAAGGCAAGCCGGUGACCAUGGAAACCGAUGGUUUGACUGUGGUAGACGAAUGCAUCACCAUGGCCAAGAUGACUCUGAAUUUCGACACAGCAGAGGGCUGGAAACACAUUCGAGCCGGGAACGUUUCGGAUUACCUCCAGUUGUACGUGCCGCCCACCGACUAUGGUCAGAUCAUAGUGAGAGAGAAUGGUUGCACGGCUACAGCCCUUGUUUCCAAGAGUCGAGUCGACGACGUUUUACGCGCGAGUGGCAUGCAUCACGUCUGGUGCAAACUUCAUGCCGACGAGACCGAGCGCAACUUCGAGGUCAUCUACCUGCCGUACGGUACCACUUACAAGAUCACGAUGGACUUCGUCAAGAACCUGAAGGAGAAGUGUUUUGGGGCAGUGAAGAAGACAGGUGGUUCGGAGCCUCGUUUCGGCAUCCGCUUUGCGGACGAAGCUGCGAUGCAGGCCUUUGCACAAGAACGUGGGCUGGUGGAUCAAGUCAAGCUUGGACGAUACAAGAUCACCGGAGUCUCGCCGCAUGUUGGACACAGCGGGUUGAAGACGAUGUUGUCCACAGCUCUCAAGUGGGACCUUUACGACGUCCUCUACUUGGCCGAGAACUACGCCGUUGUCUCAGCUGCGAACUGCCCGUCCACCAACAAGAUGGCACUGCGCAAGGCUGGCGGGACCACCACCAUCAUGCAUGUGAAGGCCAUGAACAGACGUGCACGCGAGGCCUUCAAAGCUGCGAAGAUGGAAUACCGUACUGCCGAUCCCGAAGCAGAAGAUCAGCACACAGCCAUGGCGAUCGACUUCGACAAUGCUGCUUGGCACCAGAAGCGAGCGGGGGCAAGCCCGAAGCGCUCGCACCCGUCCGAUGGCGCCACGAACGCUGAUCGCAUGACGCAAAUCCGAAUGGAUCAGGAGCUAAAUGCGCUCAACGAGAUGAAUGGCCCAGGCAAGGCGGCAGAAGGUGUCGCUGGCCCUUGUGGCUGGCGUCACACUGAGCUGCGUAAGUUACCGGACAGUCUUUUGCAGCAGCUGAUUGACAUUUUCAUGUUGAUGGAACAGCAUGGGACCACUUUGAGCGUUAACUGCCAAGGGGAUAUCUCUUUGAUUCCGAAGAAGGCCAAUUGCUUUGAAGUGGAUACUUUGCGUCCUAUCACUGUGUUGAGUUAUUUGCACAGAAUGUAUGCAGGUGCCCGGCUGCGUGCGGGGCUGCUACAAUGGCAAGAGGCUGUGCUUGGUGAGCUUCCGCUGCGCGCCAAUCGCCCAGGACAGCGUACUCAUGAUCUGACGCUCACUGCGAGUGUGACGAUGGAACACAUGAGACAUCAACAGCAGUCCAUUUCUGCGGUUUCCUACGACCUUAGCAAAGCUUUUGAUUCCAUGCCUUUUCAUGCAGACAACAUCAAUGGCUUUGGCUGGAUGGUUUUGAAGCGUCUGGGCUUUGAUCCGCGAGUUACUGCGGUAAUGUUUGAUCAGUACCGACGCUUACAGCGAAGAUUCAAGACAUUGCAACAUCUUGGACGGCCUGUUGCGGCUACUGGCUUGCGUGGCAUUGUCCAGGGCUGUGCCAUCAGCAUGAUCUUUUGUAAUUGCAUCACGACAGUUGCCUCGCAUCCGACGUGGCCUCGCGAUCACACUUUCGCGCAUGAUGACAUGGAACUUAGCCAGCCUGACACGACCACUUUGCAGGGCGGGUAUGCUGAUGAUCUGCAUGUGAUUUCUGGCUCAGCUCCGAUGUUCAGACGUGCACAUGUGCUUACUGUUCUGUGGGCCAUCGUAUGUGAUGUACGGCUCAAUGUGCGCAAGACGGUAGUGUUCGGUGCCAUCGUGCUCUACCUGGGACAAGUUGCUCUCGCAGUAGUACGGGAACUUGAGCUUCUGGGACAUCGCUUACAUCAUCAUGCUACACUUGCGCAUGCUGAGAAGGACCGCCUGGAUGAGGCCCACAGACGUUUGGCGAAAGUUGCGCUGGUGCCUGGGAGCAAAGAUGACCGAGAGGGCCUCAUUUCCACGGUCGUGAUGCCUGUCUUGUACGGCCAUGAGACAGUACACUAUGUGCCACGUGACCUCACCACCCUGCGGUACGCAGUGUGGCAGGCCAUACGAGGUGGACGACCUCCUUCGCAUGUCAUGUCGGUGGAAGUUUACAUGACCAUGUGUGUGCGUGGCCACAGAGUUGAUCCGGUACAGUUCAUCGUGGUUGAGCUUGUUGCCAAUUGGGCCAGGUUUUUGGGCAGAAACCAUGAAGGCAUGACCAUGUACCGCCUCUGGGACAUGCACCGUCGUAUGGCAGCUCGCGCUAGCCUUGUUCGGCAAGGCUGUGGCGGCAGCAUUUUCCCGGCAGUGACAGAAGAUGACGCCACUUUCGUCGGACCCACGGCUAUGUUGUAUGAGGUGCUUUUGAGCAUUGGUUGGAGCUGGCCCAGGCUACAUGUUUUUCGCACUCAACAAGGUGAUUUCAACUUGCCUUUGAACAGUGAUGAACGGCCUCGUUUCAAGCAUGUGUUAAGAGAGGCGGUGCGGCUUCGUGAGUUGCGUGGUACGCAGCAUGUUCAUCGUCGGCACGGUCUACCUCAGCGUCGAGACCUUGAAGGAGUGCAGUCAGACUUGGCUUGGGACUCCAAUCUCCGACUUCUGAGACGUCUGCCGCCACACGAGGAAGGAGUGUUGCAAACCAUCCUCUGUGGUGGGGUGAUGAAUCGACAUCGCGUUUCUCAGCACGCCAAGCGCGCAGACGUCACAAUGCAGUGCCUUAUGCCGGGCUGCACGUGUCCUGAUGAGACUACUGAGCAUCGUUUCUGGCACUGCCCUGCACAUGAACACUUGCGAGGCGCAGAGUUUCGUCAGCUGCGGGCGCAUUUGCCUCACAUGCGCCCUUGCGAAAUUAACUGCGGAUUGGCUACGACUGCUUUCCCGGUUGGUUUCUCUGUCGAGAAGCUGCAAGAUACCAUGUUACGCAUUGAGCUGCAUGCACGCCAGCAGCUUGAUGCAGUGAAGCAUGGCUACCAGGGCAGUGACCAGAAGGAGGAACAGAGGUUCUACCAGUUCAGCACUGGGACGUCUGGUGUACAUGGCCGCAAGGCUCGGAAACGUCCGGCCGCAGCUGGCGCAACGGUGAGGCGCGCUGCUUUGCCACAGCCUCCACAGAUGCCACACCCACAAGAUCAGCUGCAGUUUACUUUAGAUGGCAAGAGGGUUACCUGCCUUCGCUGUACACGCACUGCCUUGCGUUCCCACAGCAGUCGAUGGAAGGACUUUUGGCAGGCCGAGUGUGUUGCCAUAGUUCCGCAGGGCCGCAAUCUUCGUGGUACUGUGGUGGCGCAGGCACGACAGGAGCGCGACCAGAAGGCAGCUAAGGAAUGCAUGCGCCGCUUUGCGCAGCUACACGGCGUCGAUGAGGCAGAUUUCUCUUGGAGUGGCAAUGUGCAAGCUCGGCGAGACUGCAACUUGAAGCGUGGUCACCUGAUGGCAACCUUCUGGUUUGCAAGACAUGCGGAUUUUACCUUGUGGAUGAUUGGAAGUGGUACUUCCCUUAUCUGCUAUGAUGCGAUUUCCGAUGGUGAGCAAGAUUUCUUGGACGAGGGCCCCUUGUCAGGACCCCGCUGGACAGAAGGCUACCAGGAAGAGGUGAAGCCCGUCCUCUCGAAGCAGCCUCAAGACCAGGCGGCUGAGAUGGGUAUGGGCAUUGACCCCGAAAUCCUCGUUGACGAUGUCGAGGGCUUCGUGAGCGGAGUGGGCCCUGGCGAUGACCUCGUGCACGGAAAGCGCCCCGCUGAUCGGUCGGCGUUCCUUGCCGAUGCUCUCAAACGCCUGGAGCGCUUGGCUGCCCGCAGCGCAGAGAGAGUGAAGCAAGCAACGCAGCUCAGAGUGGAAGCUGAGAUGCUUGCGAGACGGGGAAGCAUCCCGCGGGAGGUGGCUGAAGGGCUCCGACACCUCCAACUGCCACUGGACGCGAGGGAGGAUCAGGUGAGGCAGAGCAUCGCCGAUGCGCUGAAGGCGAGUCCGCCAGGAGCUCACGACAUGGUGUCGGGUGCUUUCUGUGGCGACGGCUCAUCCUUGGUCGGUGCCAAGACCGGCCGCUCCCCUCUCGACAAGCGUGUGGUUGCGGAGACGGGGGACGAGCUGGCCAAGCGGGAGUCACAGGCCGCUGCGGGCAAGGCGGCCGCAAAGGCCCUCGUUUACCCCGGAGGGCGAGCCACAUGCUGCAGAGGUUUUGCGACAAGAACUCCGCGAAGUGCGCCAGCAGCGGCUGGUGCAGGCCGAUUGCUGGAGAACCUGACGGUGGACAACCGGGAGCUGCGCCAGAUCUUGCUGAAGAUCUUGCGUGGCGGUCCAAGUCUGCCAGGCGCCGGGCUGCGAAGAAGGCGCGUGACCUUCGAUGGCUGCAAGAUCAGGCAGCUUCCGCCUUUCCAGAGUGGUGGAAAGCACAUCCUAUGUUGGAUUUGGGCAAGACCUCAAGGCGGCGGUGAGGUCCUUGCAGCUGCGAUGGCAUCCGGACCAGAAGCCCUCAAAUGUGGAGGUGCAGCGCCUCGAAAGGCUGGUUUUAUCACUUACUGCGGCGGUGCUGUUGGAGCAAACAAUUCUCGACAAUCAAGAGCUGUCCGGUGCCUCCAGCGCCUCGAGGCUAAAUCGGCAGCCAUGGUGCAAGCGGUGUGGGAGCUCCACGUCCGAGCAGAGAUCGCAUGCGCCAAGCGGAGCAUCCGCCAGGAGCUGCUGCUCUUGACGCAGCAGGCCUAUGAGACUUGCUGCGAGUUCAUGUGCAGGCAGGAAGAAGCCAGGCCCCUGCUACGAGGCUCCCGUGUCGGCCUCCGGUGUCUGCAUGGAAGCCGCAGAAGCCUCGACCAAGCAAAGGUGAGGCAGAGCAUCGCCGAUGCGCUGAAGGCGAGUCCGGGAAGUGCAGCGCAGCAGCUGCCCCAUGACCACCACAUCUUCGAAGACGCAGACAUGAAGAUGUUGCACGACCUGGGCAUACAUACGGAGUGGGUGCAGCACAACGCAAGCCCGGGCACCCUGUACGACGAGGCCCUGCGCUACGAGAAAGGCUCCGCCAUCCUCUCCACCGGGGCGCUGGCGGCCUUCUCAGGUGCCAAGACCGGCCGCUCCCCUCUCGACAAGCGGGUGGUUGAAGAGCCCUCGACCUCAGAGGACAUUUGGUGGGGCAGUGUCAAUGUUCCCCUCACCGACAAGACCUUCAAGAUUAACCGAGAGCGUGCCAUCGAUUACCUAAACACCAGAGAAAGAUUGUACGUCUUUGACGGCUUCGCUGGUUGGGACCCGGAGUACCGCUACAAGGUCCGCGUCAUCACGAGCCGAGCCUACCAUGCGCUCUUCAUGCACAACAUGCUGAUUCGGCCGACAGAGAAGGAGCUCGCGAAUUUUGGCGAGCCCGAUUAUACGAUCUACAAUGCUGGGGCGUUCCCAUGCAACCGGGCGACGCCGGGUAUGACAUCUGGAACCUCGGUGUCGUUGAACUUUGCUUCGAGAGAGGUCGUGAUCUUGGGCACGCAGUAUGCCGGAGAGAUGAAGAAGGGCGUCUUCACAAUCAUGAACUACUUGCUGCCGAAGCGUGGCAUUCUCAGCAUGCACGCCUCUGCGAACGAGGGGAGGGAUGGCGAUGUCACUGUCUUCUUUGGCCUUUCGGGAACCGGUAAGACGACCCUAUCUGCGGAUGAAAACCGGCUCCUCAUCGGCGACGAUGAGCACGCCUGGACCGAUAAGGGUAUCUUCAACAUCGAGGGCGGGUGCUACGCGAAGGCAAUCGGCCUUACCCGAGAGAAGGAGCCCGAGAUCUGGGAUGCGAUUCGUUUUGGCGCGCUUCUGGAGAACGUGGUCUUCGAUACCCGCACAGGUGAGGUGGACUACGAGGAUGGUAGCAUCACGGAGAACACGAGAGUCUCCUAUCCGCUCGAGUACAUACCCAAUGUGAAGAUUCCUGCCGUUGGUGGCCACCCGAAGAACAUCAUCAUGCUGACCUGUGACGCCUUCGGUGUCCUCCCACCCGUGUCGAAGCUGACACCGGCACAGGCUAUGUACCACUUCAUCUCCGGCUACACCGCCAAGGUGGCAGGCACCGAGAUGGGCGUCACAGAGCCGACGGCAACCUUCUCCGCCUGCUUCGGCGCACCAUUUAUGGUCUGGCAUCCAGCAAAGUACGCCGAGCUCCUGGCUGACAACAUGUCCAAGCACAACGUGAAUGCCUGGCUCAUCAACACGGGAUGGACCGGUGGCGGCUUCGGCCAGGGACAUCGCAUGAGCCUCAAGGACACCCGUGCCAUCAUUGACGCCAUCCACACGGGGGACUUGGCCAAAGCUGAGUAUGAGAACUUUCCGCGAUUCAACCUCCAGGUGCCAAAGUCGUGCCCGAAUGUGGAUGCGAAGAUGCUGAUGCCGAACAAGACCUGGUCGAACCAGGCUCACAGUCUUUUCAGCACCGAGAAGGUCGUCUACGGCGCCGCCCCUUUCCCGGGUGGGAAGCUCGCCUGGAACCAUCAUGCACAGGCGCUGAACCUCAUCCACGAGCGACGAUGCCUCCAACUCGUCAAGAAUCUUACCGCAGCGGUUCUGGAGAAGGACGAGGUGUUGCUCAACGGAUUGGUCCGGGCCAAGUUCCAAGACGAGGCGGAAGCCAAAGCGUUUGCGACUAUCCUUCCUUUCUUCGAGGAAGCUGGGGAACUGCCAGCACCAAGCACGCCACCGCGAAAGCGCGACAGAGCUGUGGAGCUUUUGAUGGCGACGCCGGCAAAGACGAAGCGGGAAGAGGCUGCGCCGGGCACUCCACCACGAUGCGAGGCAUCUAAGAUGCGCGACGAGCCGGCCACGCCACCGGCGCCGAAGAGGGCGAGACAGACCCGGCUGAUGGAAGAGGCGCGGGAAGCGUGA